AUGUAUCCAAUUACUACUACUUAUGGCAAUCCAUUAACACCGUUAUCAGCUAAAAUUUCAAUUUCAAACCAUAAACAAGAAAUGAUGGAUCAACUUCGUCAACAACAGAAACAACCUCAAUUCACCCCAUUCGUUCAAAUCGAUUAUCCUAUUGAAAUUUAUACCCAUGAAAUCUUAACUCAAAAUCAAACUCUUGAAGAAUAUCAUCAAGAAAUUUCCGAUUUCUUAUUGGAAUUAAAUGAAGUUUCAAAACCAAACAUGGAAUUAUAUAAACAACAACCAUAUCUUACAUUCUCAAUCAGAUUAAAAUUAAUUGAUUUCUUAUUAAAAAUGUCAAUUAGAUUAAAAAUCUUACCAUUUGUGUUCUUUAGAGCCGUUAAAUUAUUCGAUAGAUAUUGUUCCAAAAGAAUUGUAUUAUUAGAUCAAUCACAAUUAAUCAUAGUAACUUGUCUUUGGAUUGCAUCCAAGAUUCAAGGAGGUAAUAAUCAUUUUGUUAAUUUAUCAAAUAAUACUACUAAUAUAAAAACUAUUAAUGAUAUUGGUUAUGGAAGUGGAGGUAAAUUUUUAGGUCCAACUGAAAGAUUUAGAUUACCAAAAUUACAUGAAUUAGUUAAAUUAUGUGGUAACAAAUGUAAAUAUGAUGCUAGUAUGUUCAAACAAAUGGAAUUACAUGUAUUGAAUACAUUAGAAUGGUCAUUAAAUGAACCAUAUGUGGAAGAUUAUAUUGUUCAAAGUUUUGAAUUUAAUGUAUUUCGUAAUGUUGAAAAUGAAUUCUUUAAAGUUAAAGAAUAUUUAAGUUAUUUAUCAUUAUAUUCUCAUGAUUUAAUUGAUAUAACUUCUAAUGAAUUAAGUCAAGUUAUAAUAGAUUUAAUUAAUGAAAUUUUUAAACUUUCACCUCAUGAUAAAUAUUAUCAAAUUAUAAAUGAAGAACAUGAAUUAAUUAAAUUAGAUUUAAUGAAAUAUAAAUUCAUUAAGAAAAAUUUAAUCAAAUCAAUUUUAAAUUCUUCAGAUUAUAUGUUAAAAUUAUUUAAUUCAAAGGGUCCCCAAUAUUUAUUUAAUCAAAUUCAUAUCAUGUAUAAGAUUCCUAAUAAGAUUCCAACCCCACCAGGAUCAAUUGGAUCCGUAUCCCCAACCAAUAUUAAUUCACCAACAACUCCUUGUUCAUAUAAAAGAAAUAGAGUAGAAUCCAAUUCAAGUAUUGUGGAAGCUCCUCCAUCUAAAGUUAAUAACGUUAAUACUAUCAAUAAUAACAAUAGAUCUGAUUCUCCAAUUAGAAGUUAUACUACAAAUACUAUUACUGCUACAAUUAUGGCCAAUACAAAUACGGCUACUCCUGAUAAUCGACCAUCCCCUUAUUCAAAAAUCCAACAUCAUAUACCCUUCCCUUCAUAUUCAUUUAAUUCACCUAUAUCACAACCACCUAAUGCUCCAUUACCAAUCAUAGCUAAUAAAAUUAGACAAACCAGUAAUGGAAGUAGUAAUAAUAGAGGUUAUAGAUUACCUGCGAUUAAUACUAAUGGUCAUCAUCAUAAUAAUUCGCUGGUAAGUAUCAAUUCCUCUGCUAGUUGUGGUACAAGAGAAGAUAUCAGUAUGUUGGAUAUAUUUGAACUCGAUUAUUAUCGGAAACAUAAUGGUACACCUGCUAGUGAUAAUGAUUCACCAUUAUUUCAAACUAUGAAACCAACCCCUAUAACUUGA